AUGACUGAUAUGCCAGCCAAGGUCAUUGCCGCUUGGUUCAACGUAACCGAGAGAACGGUUUACCGGAUUUAUGGUCGAGCAAUUGAGCGUGGCUUGGACCCGAAGAAGCCGCAAGACUGGGAUUCUUUGCACUUUGAUGAUGGACAACGUUCUGGCCGGCCUAGUACAAUGAAGAGCUCUGACUUCCAGGAAAUGGUUGUGCAGAAGAUGACUGCGGAUCACUGCGGCCGCGAAAUGUCUUCUGCUGGACUAGCUGAGGCUCUUAGGUUAGAAGGCUACAACAUUUCUGCCAGGACCAUCUUACGGACAUUGAAGCAUUUGGGAUACCGGAAAACCAAGCCAGCACGAAAGUCUGGGUUGACCAAGUCUAUUACCGGAGUAUCUGACGGCAGCGAGGCAUGGACUCUGGAUGAAUAA